AUGGCGGCGCUAGAGCUAUCUUCGCGGCGACUCAUGAGAGCCGCCGACUCUGCAACAUCGGUCGAGAACAAGCUGCAGGCGGCGUACAUCGGAGCUGGCGGAGAUGCAGAAGAAGGUGCCACGGCUCGACCCUGGCAAACCAGGUCUCCGGACUGCCGGGCAGCACUAACAGUCGUGGGCGUGGUUCUUGUGGUAUUUUCCUCUAUUCGAGGUGCUGAUGCGGCUUUCCGUCCCACACGACAUCUUGCGCGUUUCAGGGAAGUAUACGAACAGGCAGCUCGCCCUCCGGCUGGCGGGAAGAAUACCGCCGUCGAAGAUGGUGUAGCGCCUCACGGGCAGCAAGUUGUGCAUGUUCACUUCCAGUCGAAGGAAGGCCCUACCUUCGCACUGCCCUUCGUUUCUUCCGAAGCGUGGCGUCCCGACUCUCGUGCUGUCCAUGAGGCGCCUGCGCAGCCUGAGAAACUGUCUUGGGGUCGGCGCUGGCUGGCUAAUGGCCUCGCAGUCACAGCAGUUUCUCUCACAUUUCUGGCCAUGAAGGAUCUGUUGACAUUGUACAAACGCUACAGAAGAGCGACGAAGGCACGCGUGAUUGAGAGCCGUAAUAGACGCCAGCGGAUCUUCCUGAUGGAUCGCGUUUCAGACGUCAACCGGAAGCUGAAACGUUUCUCGGCCUCUUUGCAGGAGCUUGAAAGAGAGAAAAAGCAUCUUAAAGAGGCAAAUCUCCACGGAGCAGGUGGUAAUGCCCUGGCCUUUGAGCUAGCUCAACAGGCCUCCUCGCCUGCCCAACCCACGCCCUCGACGACGUCGGAAGGGCUGGAGAAAGCGACUCGGAGCGAAGCACAGUCAGCUUCUCCUGACGCUUUUAAAGAACACCGCCAGAUUCUGAAUAGCGAGGGUGCCGCGGGUGAGAAGACAUGGCAUUUUCAAGGAAGCACAGGCGACCUCCAAUCCGUUCCCCGUCCCGUAAACAUCAGAGUGGGGCCGAUGAAGAUUGCUAUUGCUCGGAUGCGCUUGAUCCGCCAAAUUAAGGACGUUCUAUCGGAGCUGUGGCAUAUACGAGAGGAGCUCCAUGCUGCUCACGGUGACACGCUCCUCUUGUACAUCGAGUCGGUGAUUCGCGAGGCGAAGCAGCUUUUAAGGCGGGCUGAAGGUAGAGGCCGAGGCCGUGAUCAAGAUGCAGACGGCGACGAGGAGCCUGAGACGGGGGUCAACCCUAGUGCAGAGGAAGGAGAGCAGGAGGACGACGUGGAUAUGGAUGACCUUGCCCCGUUGCCUCAAGCUAGGGAAGACGAUUGGGUUUAUCAGAACGAGAGCCACGGGGAGGGCCUCGGCUACGACAGCAUGCGCGAGAUCGUCCCAGGUAUGAGAGGAUUCGGCAACACCAAGGAACCACAGCCCGCUGCGCAGGUGCCGGAUAUGCAGCAUCCAUUUUUCGCGCACCUAGAAAAACCACGAGAAGCCUCGGUGGACUCGCGUGUGCGAAAGAUGGAAAGAGUGCUUGAAAAACGGCGGGAUGUCGAUGAUGAUGAUGAUGUAGCCAAAGGAGCUCACCAUCUUACUGGUGAAGAGUCUAGCAACACGGUGACACGCGCGUAUCACGUCAUGCGGAAUAACCCUGGUCUGAAGCCUGCUCAGGUCCUGGCGCUGCUCAAAAGGACAGACGCAAAAGAGGCUUUAUCUGGAGAGCACUAG